UAGCUGCCCUUAAAGCGCAAAGGAGGCGGAGAAGAAGAAGAAAAAGGAUGUUACGAUCUGCUUGAAAUAAACACAAAGAAGAAGGAAUAACAUGGAGUAGUCUUGUGAGGAUGAAAUUGAAUGAACUGUCCGAGCGGUCCCCAACAACCGGAGAGAGCUGCGCGGCGGCGGCGGUGAUAGAAAGAUGAAGGAAACAGCCGCAGCGGACCCAGUCGCCGCGCUCUGCCGCUAGCAGACGCGCAGCUAACGUUAGCUAGCAGCCACCCGGCGGGCGAACAGCCUCGUCCCCUCAUCCUUUCACCAAGACGAGGCGACACACGGCAACUCACCAUUGUUCGCUUUAUUAUUACUAAGACCAAAAGCUCUACCUGUCCUCCAUGGCCUCACCAGAGGUCAGCAUGCAGGACGUGAGCGAGGUCGUGAUCGUCACCAUACCGGCGACGGUGAGCGACGACCUCCCCUCCGUGGUGGAGGAGGACAAGGCGGUGCUGGUGACUGGAGAACUGACCCCUCAGCCAGGGGAGGACAUCCUCACUGUGGCAGCGGUGGACUCGGAAGCCGAGGCCGGCGGACCAGACUCUCUUUCCACGGAAGAGGCAGUCAUCGUGAAGCUAACCGAGGAGGUGGACGUGGAGGCCGAUGUCUUCUACCCGAUCACCUGCGGAGACGCCAAAGCCACGCUGGUGUGGAAGAAGUUUGUCUGCCCCGGGAUCAACGUGAAAUGCGUCCAGUUCAAUGAGCAGCUCAUCAGUCCAAAGGAGUUUGUGUGCUUAGCGGGAAAAUCCACUCUGAAGGACUGGAAGAGAGCUAUCCGUCUCAACGGCACCAUGCUCAGGAAGAUCAUGGACUCGGGUGAACUGGACUUCUACCAGCACACAAAGGUCUGCUCCAACACGUGCCGCAGCACUAAGAUAGACCUGGUGGGAACCAAAGUGUCCAUCGGCGGGGAUCAGCCUGCCGACCUGCUUCCUGUCACCCCCUCAUCGGCCGAUUUGAAUGGAGCAGCGGUUUCGUAUCCGGACGUAGCGGAGGAAACCUCGGAGUGGGUCACAGCCAUCGGAGAGGACUCUGUGGCAUUCUGGCGCACAGUGAAGGAAGCUGGACUGCUGGAGGAGGUGGUAGAGGACUUCCAGAAGGAACUGCAGGAGGUGCUGCAGGGGUUGCAAGAGAGAGUGUGUGACCCCCCACUUCAGGUCAAAGAUGCUGUUUUGCUCAACAACAUCGUGCAGAACUUUGGGAUGUUGGACCUUGUGAAGAAGGUUCUGGCCAGCCACAAGAGCCAGAUGGACCGCUACAGGGAGCAGUACACUCGCAGCCUCGCCGCUCUGGAGCAGCAGUGUGACGAGCACAGGAAGCGGGCCAAGGAGCUGAAGAGCAAGUCCCAGCACCUCAACAAUGUCCUGAUGACCCUCGCCCCGGUCCCUGUGCCCCCGCCGCCCAAGCGCCCGCGGCUGACCCGCGCCAUCUCUGGCCCGGCAUCGGUCAACGCCGGCCCCGCCCAGCUCGCCCUGCCGCUCAGCCAGCUCACAAGCCUGCCGCUUGGCAAGGUGCUGACCAUGGCGGGGGGCCCCGGCGGAGCCAGCCUCGGCGGCUACACCCUGCUGACCUCCUCGCUCUCCGAGCUGGGGGCCGACGCCUCCAACCUGACCGUGCUGUCGGCGGCGGCGGGUCAGGAGGGCGGCGGCUUCGUCAAGGUGCUCGGCCCCCAGUUCCAGCUGGUGACGCUGCAGGCUGCGCUGCAGAGCUUGGCCGCUGCGCAACAGACGGUUGGCAGCAUCUCCGUGGUGGACGCCAUGGCGACCGCUGCAGAGGAGUCGCAGGAGGAAAGCCAGGCAGACGGUGAUGAGGAGAGCCAGCCGGAGCAGGAGGACGGGGAGCAGCAGUGAGAUGCAGGACAGCUGUCUCCUAGCUUGUUAUCGCCUUCGUUUCCAUAUUUCUGGACACUGGACUGAAUGUGCGAUGGACAGACGCGUUCACAUUUUGACUUUUUCAGAUCAGCUCCACGUCAGUCUUCGUUUGUCAUUCGACACACGAGCCUUCCUUGUGUACGUCCGUCACAAAAUUAAUAUCAAGGCAUCUGGCGUGACUGUAAAUAUGUAUUGGUAACUAAUAUAUUUGAUACGGCUGUUUCUGUAGGGAUUCAUUCCACAUAGGCUGGAGAGAAGAAAAACCAACAGUGUUGUUUAGUUUGAUAAUAAACGCUCAGUUUUCAAGAACAAGUUGUCUUGCUAGAUUCUAAAUGUGUUGAUGAGUUGUUGUUUUUUUUAAAAGACCAAAGUGGUAUUUUCUAUUUAGGAAAGUCAUAUUGAAUGUCUAAUCUACUAAUAUAAACAUUUGCCUGAUAGAAAGUAAA